AUGUUUCGCGAUUGGACAAUAACUUACAAGAGUCUACAACUAUCUGGGCUUUCAACACUAUCAUACAUCUUUGAUUUUACAUUCUAUUCAACAAUUUUAAUCAUUUCAACAAUAUUGGGAAGAACAGUUCCCCCAAUCUAUCAUGAGUUUCUGUUGUUUGACAUCAGUUUACGAUACACAUUCUUACCACAAGCAACGGUCCCGGUUUGGUUAUUAAUUCUCAUCUCAGCUGGUAUCCCAAUACUUCAGUUUUUGUUGUUUGCCAUCUUCUUUCGGUCAUUGUCUAUAAAGCGGCGAUUAUGGGACUUUCUUGCUGGCUGUUUAUGUCUUCUUGGUGCACAAGCAACACAAAUAUGGGCUGUAUCGUUGUUGAAAAACAUUACUGGGCUCCCUCGUCCUGAUAUGAUUGAGCGAUGUGAGCCAAUGGUACAAACAAUCCCCAUUACUCAAUUAUCAAAUGUUGCUAUAUGUACUCAACCAAAUUGGAAUGUGGUCAUGGAAGGAUUUAGAUCUUUUCCCAGUGGGCAUGCAUCAACAGUAUUUUGUGGUAUGAUUAUCACUUCAUUAAACAUGGCGGCAAAAUUGCAGACAUUUGACAGGAGAAAUAAUUCAUUCAAAGUAUUUUUAACAAUUGCACCAUUGUUGGGUGCUGCAUUUGUGGCGGGGACAAGAGUCAGUGAUAAUCGACAUUUUUUGAGAGACGUGAUUGCCGGAUCUAUAUUGGGUGUAUUUGUUGGGGCAUCAUUUUAUCAUCAGUAUCAUCCAAGCGUAUUUCAAUUAACUAGUAGAGGGAGAGCGUUUCCACCAAGAAGAUUCGGUAUUUCGAGGUUUUUCAGAAAUGUUGGAGGGUUUUGGCGUGUGGAUAACAAUGGGAUGUUUGAUGAGGUAGAUGAGACGCGCACAAUUGAGAAUGAUGAUGUUGAAAGACGAAUUCAUGAAAGUGGACAAGGUGGAAAUGUGAAGGUGAAGACACUAGCUGAUAAUAUCAAGUUUGUAAAUAUGUUAUGA